AUGGAAUUAAUGAAAGCAGAUGAAGUAAAGUUGGAUCAACAUCUCUGGCUUAUUCAAAUCAAGGAAGGCCUGCAAUUUCAGGAUGAGGAAGAAGAAGAAAAGGAGUUAUGUGUAUCCGUUUUUGGUGUGCCCAAGGAGCUGUUGACAGUAAAGCCAGAAGCAUAUAUUCCGCAGUGCGUCUCCAUUGGACCUUAUCACCAUUGGAGGUCCCAACUGUUCGAAAUGGAGAGAUACAAAAUAGCUGCUGCGAAAAGAUUUGAGAGGACGAUAACCGGUAAGUUCGAAGCUGUAGUGGAAGAGAUGAAGAAGUACGACUGGCAAAUCAGGAACUGCUACCAGAAAUUUCUUGACUACAGGGAGGAAGUCCUUGCAUGGCUCAUGGCUCUGGACGCGUCGUUCGUGCUCGAGUGCAUGCAGUUCUACGUCAAACGAGCGGAUUGCACUUCUUCGCAAGAGUCAUCCCAGGUGAUGCGAUUAGGCAGAGUUUUAGAUAGAACUUGCAGAAGUGCAACCCACAAUUCAAUUAUGAGAGAUCUGAUGAUGCUCGAGAAUCAGUUACCUUUGUUCCUCGUGCAGAAGCUGCUAGAAAUGCAGUUGGGUUGUCAAGAUAAGGCGGAAGAAAGGCUCUCCAAUCUGGUGAGUCUCGUCUGUCAAGAAUGGUCGCCAUUUAUGUUGAAGAUGCGGGAUAGUUCAAGGCUGUGCAUAAAAGAGAGGGGUCACAUAUUGGAGGUGCUAUACUACUCUAUUGUCCCUGCAGCAGCAAUGGACGAUACCAUUUCUAAGAAGAAUGAUGACGAGAAUGUCUCUUUGCCGGACUCAACCUGCAUAACGCGUGGUCUGAAAGCUUUAUGGAACGUUCUCUACUCGUUAAAAAUCAGUCUUGUUCAACUCUUGUCGGCACUCUCUGAGCGUGUCUUAAAAGGGAGGCCUGUCCAGUUGGUGACGCAGAUGUCCACGAAUCUUGUCUCUGCUUUUGAAACUCUAUCCAUUAAGCGCAAAGAUGAAAAGGAUGAGGAAACAGAUGAGGAGAGAGGAUAUUCCACAGUGGAAAUUCCUCCAACAUGUGACGAACUAGAAAUUCUCUCGGUCGCCGAAUUAUACUCAGCAGGAGUAACAGUCCGUCCAACCGAGGGAGACCUUACCACAAUUCGCUUCGACAAGACCAGUGCAACUCUUUAUCUUCCGAAAUUGAGGUUGGAUUCCAACACAGAAGUAGUUCUUAGAAAUCUGCUGGCUUUCGAAACUUCGGCGGCUCCUGGCGCUUUGAUCUUCACUCGCUACACAGUCGAAGAUGUCAAGGCUGCUGCGAAAGAGCGGUAUUAUCUACAAUCACCUGGAAGACGACGGAAAAGUCGCAAGCCUGUGGAACGGCAUGGGCAUUAUAAUAACAGAUGGAGCGUAGCUGCGAAGAAGUAUGUAAACAAAUACAUAUUUCGUUCAUGGCAGCUCCUCACUGUGUUGGCCGCGGGGAUACUUCUGCUUCUGACUUGCUUCCAGGCUUUUUGUUCUGUGUAUGACUGUAAGCGUUGGUGGAGCGACAGUAAUAUUUUGCAGGACUAA